AUGAAGAAACGAUUUUUGAUGAUUGCCUCCAGAUGCCUCAAGUAUCAUGGUCUCUUCAGCACAAAUAUGCAAAGUAAAGUUGCAAAACGAUUUCAGUUGACGAAACGACACGAAACACCAAACGAUUUCCGCCUGCGCUUCGAGGUCUUUGCGCUUCUUUUGUUAGUCGUUUCCAGCGGCGGCGUCAGUGGUUUCCUCCACCCGGACCCGCCUGGUGCCAGGGACCGGAGAGCCCUUUGCCGGCGAGGAGCCCCAAAUGCACGGAGCCGUUCGACGAUGGCGAUGCGUGGCGACAGACAUCUCCAGAGCGGCGACAAAGCUGCGCAGCAAGUGGCGACAGUGGCGACGUUGCGACAGCAAGCUGCAAGUGAUGCCGGCAUGAUGAUGCAAGCGACGUAG